UCACAUGAAGCUUCCCAUUUUAGCUAUAUCAGGGUCCUCCUUUUAUCACAUGAAGCUUCCCAUUUUAGCUAUAUCAGGGUCCUCCUUCUUUGUGGCACUAGCUUGACAAGUGUUCCUUCAAUGAAUAUGGUUUUUAUACAUAUCGUAACGCAUGAAACUUCCAAGUUUAGCUAAUCAGGGUCCUACUUCUUUGUGGCUCUAGCCUGACAAGUGUUCCAUUAGUAAAAUAUCGGUUAACCUCGUUUUCUGGCUCUCUGUCUCUCUACUUUUUCCUGUUGUUCAUAAUAGCCUCAUGUUCAGCUUAGCUGCCUAGUUGUAACUCUUCACCCACCAGAGAGCUCAAAGAAACUGAUGAGUGCAGCCUUUUUGUUACCUGUCAUAUUCAUCUGAAGAUGAAACUCAUCUGGAUUCCAACUCUCCUUUUCCUUCUAUGGAGUCACCACACCUAAACAAUAAAGCCAAUAACACUGCCAAGAUGCACUCACAGCCACCAUGCAACAAGCCAAAUUGUUUCUUCUGCACCUUGAAUGAGCCAGAACCACCUCUAAGAAGAGCAAAACUCAGAGAAUGUUUCAAAGAGAUGCCUCUCAGAGAUGACCAAGAACACGUGUUGGUCUUAAGUGGGCUCUGGAACAUUUCCAUGACUCAACCUGAUGAUCCAGAAUUUCCCUCCCUCGGUAUAUUUGAAUGCAUGGCCAAACUGAUCCAUAGAGGCAUCAGUGAUCAGGAUUGGCUUCUUAGAGGUCAGAACAUCUAUAUCCCCUACUAUGCUGCUCAUAUUAUCGGUUCAUAUACGAUGGACAAAGCCCAAUUUGCAGAAAGAGCCGUUAAAUCAGGUGUUGUUUUGCCAUUAAUGGAGCUUUUGAGAGGUAAGAUGAGUUGGGUUGAGCAAAGAGUUGCAGUCCGGGCACUGGGUCACUUGGCCAGACAUGACAAAACAUUUGAAGCUGUUGCUGAGCAUGAAGUAGAGAUCGUAAAUUUGACGAUGGAGAUAGCUGGAAAUUGCCUUCAAGUGGUUUAUAAAGAGUUUGUUGGAAUAAAAGAUAGGAAGAGACCGAAAUAUCAUUGUGACCUGCUUACAAGAGGACUUGGAGGAUUGGAGUUGCAGUUCAGGAAGGCUGAGGAAUGGGCUAGUCAGCUUCAAUGUUGGUCACUUUAUCUGUUGAAUUGCUUUGCAUGCAAGGAGAGGUCUCUCAACCUGAUCUGCAAGAAAGAGUUCUUGAAUAAUUUGUGUGGAAUGUGGGGCGGAUUAGUGAAUCUCACAUCUCCUGCUGGAAUUGGAUUGCUAAGAACUAUUUGUUCCUCCAAAACAGGAAGAGAAAAUGUAGCAAAUUUGAAAGAAGUAAUGGUGAGUCUUUGCAAUAUUUCAAGAUCUUCAGAUGAUUGGCAAGACAUGGCUAUUGAUGGUCUUUUGUUGCUUCUCAAAGACCCAGAUACAAGAUACAAAGUUAUUGACAUUGCAGCUUUGUCUCUUGUUGAUUUAGUUGAACUUAGAAGCCUUGGAGAAAGAAAAUGGGUGGGAGAAACAAUCACCCAGACACUGUUGCAAGACUACUACAAAAUCAAAUAUGGUUUUUUGAAGCUGAAGAGCAAGAAAGCUGAGAGAGCAUUAGAAGAAUUAUGGAAAUUGAAGGUGGAGAAUAUAAAGAGAGACAAAAUAAUGUCUGAAAAAGACAUGAAAGAGAUAGAAGUGUUUAUUGGGAAGUUGAAAAAACAAGGCAACCAAAAGUUUUGGUCUGGUAAAAUUGAUCAAGCUUGCAAGAUAUACUCCAAGGCCUUGGAUUUGUGUCCAUUAAACAUUAGAAAAGAGAGAAUUGUUCUUUACAGCAACAGAGCUCAGUGUUUUCUGCUACUAAAAAACCCAGAGGCCGCCAUUAGUGACACAACUAGAGCUCUAUGCUCAUCAAGUUCAGCUAGUCCUCACAGUAAAAGCUUGUGGAGAAGGUCACAGGCUUAUGACAUGAAAGGAUUGGCCAAAGAGAGCUUGAUGGACUGCUUAAUGUUCAUCAAUAGUCGCAUAAAAUCCGAGCACACCAAGCGUGUCAGAAUCCCAUACUACGCAGCAAGGAUGAUCAACAAGCAGAUGAAUGCCACGUGGCUAUUUGCAAAUGCCAAGUCAAAAAUUUGCAGUAUAAAAGAGGAAGAACUACAUAAAUCCAAAGGAAAAUACCAGCUGCAGGAACUGCUGCUGAAGUUGAUGGAUGCUAAGGUCAAGGGUUUCCCUGAUAUGCCAACUAUUGUAGAAGACCCUAUAGUUGCAAAAGCAGGCAGGAGACGAAGAAAAGGCAUCAUCAGUAUCCCUGCUGGAUUGGCACAUGCCAAAAUGGGAUGAGAGAUAAUCAAGUGCUGUCCAUCACACAGUAAGAGAAGGAAAGAGACCAUGAUCAACAAUAACUGACCUUUGAUAACCAUAAACAGUAGGAGGGAUGGUAGAAUAAUCAGAAAGUUUACCUAUGAUAUGCAGCCUAGCCAAGGAAAAUGACCUCUUCAUCCUUUUCUACUUGGGGCACUCUGUUUUUAACUUGGAGGGUCAAUGUGUCAAAUGUCAAGAGUCAAGGUUGAAGUGUCAAUCCCAUUGGAAAAAUUAUAUCUAAAAGUCCAUACUGCAACUUGUCAAAAACAUAUUGUUCAAUUUUCAUGUGGUUUCGAGCCACCAUCACCAUGGUAGAGAAGAACCCACGACCAUUGUAACUUGAAUUCUUUUUCCCUUUGACCAAUGCAAUUAAUUGAACUACAAAUGCAAAUGGAAGCUACAUAGAAAUCACCCAUACUUUUCCAUUAUUUCUUAUAAUAUUAAAACUAGGGAUAGAUUUCUAUCAUGAGCAGAUAAUGCAUUUGAAUUUUUUUCAAUCUUAUACCAACCUAUAUGAAUAUCUCCCUUUGCCUGGA